AUGGGAGGAGGAGCAGUUUACAUGAUUGCCGGUCGCAAGAUCGGGUCUGAAUACCUUGCGCUCGCGACAUUGUCGACUAUCGGUAUUGGUGUCUACGCUGCAAUUAAAAGAGCCAAAUCCAAACAACCUAAUCCUCUUGUUGAUUCACCACCGAUCAAUGCUUCUUCCGUAGAAGAGGAAGCCUUUAUUCAGGAAUUUUUGAAGAGUGCAGAAGCGGAUGAAAACAAAAAGAACCAUUAA